AGAGCUGUCAAUUGUCUCGCACUAAUUACAAAAGCGGGCCAUCCUGCGAUGAUGAAAUAGAACUGAGCGUUACGUUAAAGUUUGUGUUAAAACUGCAUCUCAGAAUUUCACUGAUGUUGUUCUGUGAAAAAAACCCUCUCGCAGUGGAGUACUCCAGCUUUGCACAAUACAAUGUGAUGUGUGAAAUUUAUGUGCGGCAUACUAAUGUUAUGAUUUCAGACAGGAGCACGGCGCCUGAAAACCAAAUGUAUUAUUUUUUUCCCCUUUUGGCACCUUGUUUUUUUUUUUUGUUCUUUUUUAAAUAAGAUCAAUAGCCCGGGGGCAAGAAGUGACAAUUAAAGUAAAGCAGGACAAAUAUGUUAGGAAGCGUUAGGUUGCGCAGUGGCAAAGUACCCCAAAACUCACACACGGGAAUCAAGUGUUUAAGGACUGAGCUCAAGCGAAAGUGCCUCCGAGUGAUUUACAUACAUUAAGCCACAUCAAAAGGACUCUUUGUACACCUCGGAGUCAUUAUUACCUCAAACGCUUGUGUCCCCUGCCUGACAAAUGGAAGCGUGGCUACCUGGGCUUCUGUAUGUGUGAGACAAUCUUGACCCGGCUGUUGUGAUAUUAGCUGGUAAAUAUUCAAAAAGGGGGCCCUGACCUCUUACAUCCCUGGGGUUUUUUUCUCUGCUGCAGGGUACAGAAUCGUCUCAGGAUCGGAAGCCUCUGAAUAAAUCAAAUUAUUGUGUGUGUUGCAUGGCUAUCCAAACAACAAGCCUCUGUUUGGCCAAUAUAGCUGGCCCCGCUGUCCUCACCGCACGUUGUGAAGGGAGGGACCACUCUGACAGCGGGUCACCUCUUUUGUCCCGUGUCUUCUCCCCUCCCUCACAUAAUAAGGAGGGUCCUUGGCGGAGCAGGGAGCACGGUUAACUCGAUGCGAUUUAAUCACCCUGCGCGCACGCAGGCUCGCAGAGAGCCUGGGAUGUACAAAGUAACAAAAUAAAGGGGCUAGUUGUCACCACGGAAACCAUGUUUGGCCAGCAUUGGGCGAUGAAUUGCGGCGGUAUCUACCUAAUAAUUCCUAUUAUCUGCACUGGAUGUUUAGAUUAUCAUGUUAAUAGGGGGGUUGUGGCAGCAGGUAGGACAGAGAGACAGGGAGGGAGGCCGGUUGAUAGCAUAGAUCAAAUACAGCAGAUGAGCAAUCACCACUUGUGGGUGUGCCAAGAAAACACACAGCAGACGACCGAGGUAGGGCACGUCCACUCGAUUUUUCAAAGUAGCAAGAGAGGAAUUUCGCAGCCUCACAAACCACAACCACGGACAAGGAGGAAGUGGCGUUGCUUAAAUUGGCACUUCUUUGGUGUCGUUACACCGUCGUGUAGUGAAAUAAACUCCCCCCUGCUGUGUAGCCGGACUAUAAGAGUUGACCUUUGGUCGCACAUGUUCACUUUUUAUGUGAUGCCCGUCGACACACAGAAGCAGAGCUCGAAGCCCUUGAGGAAACGAUGAUCGUUGGUUUAUCGGUGGCGACCACGCUGUCUCGCUGGGUUUGUUCCAGGCAGCCGACCCAACAAGACGCCUUUCGUCUCCUGCGGUUCUGAGCGUCUGACAGAUCUGCACCCUCCCUGUGCCGCAGCGUAUUCAGUCCCCCUCUCCCCCCUCAGAGUCAAGGGCAUAAUGUGACGCAUCUUGAUCCCUGACUGACUGCCUGACUGACUCACACUGCGGGGGCCACCAUGCAGGAGUGCCACACUGGGCUGUGUCUGUCUGUCUACAUCUUCACCUUCGUGCUGGGCUUCCCGGCCAACAUCCUUGCCUUCUACACUUUCUGCAGGAAAGUGAGGCAGAAACCCACGCCCAUUGACAUCCUGCUCCUCAACCUGACCAUCUCUGACCUUCUCUUCCUCCUCUUCCUGCCCUUUAAGAUGCAGGAGGUGAUGAACAACAUGGUUUGGGACAUGCCCUACCCCCUCUGCCCACUGUCUGGCUUUGUCUUCUAUAUGACCAUCUACAACAGCACCUUCUUCCUCACCGCCGUCAGCGUAGAGCGCUACCUGGGCGUGGCUUUCCCCAUCCAGCACUCCCUGAAGCGGCGACCUCUGUACGCUGUUUUCGCCAGCAUCUUCUUCUGGAUUUUCUCCUUCCUCAACCUGAGCAUUGUGUUCAUCGUGCCCUUCAUCAGCCCCGAGAACCUUGUGAACAACACCGGAGGCCAAAACGCCUCGGGUUUCUCUACCAUGGCCGCCAACACAGAGGAAGUGUGUUACGAGAACUUCACAGCGGCGCAGCUGAACGUCCUGCUGCCGGUACGUCUGGAGCUGUGCGUGGUACUCUUCUGCGUGCCUUUACUGAUUUGCAGUUUCUGCUACAUCAACUUUAUCAGGAUUCUGUCCAAGCUGCAGCACAUCGACCGGCGCCGCCGCCUCCGGGCCAUUGGCAUGGCUUUGGGAACUUUGUUGGUGUUCGCUCUGUGUUUUGGCCCCUACAACGUCUCGCACAUUGUGGGUUAUAUUACAUGGAAAAGUCCCGACUGGAGGGACAAAGCCCUGCUCUGUAGCACCUUCAACGCGUGUCUCGACCCCCUCAUUUUCUACUUCUCCUCCUCUGCGGUGAGGGGCAAUGUGAGUAGCGUGAUGGAAGGGGUGAGAUGUCGCCUACACAGGUGCCUGUCCUGUCACGUACUCCGGGGCUUGUGGGGGCAAAUGAACAAGACUGCAACUGAUAAGGAACACAAACAAGAGGAGAUCAAUGCUAUCUGACUGAAAGGGAGCUUUCAGCAGCUGCCUUCGCUAAUUUGUUAUUACAUCCCAGGAAGCAGGAAAUUAAUGUCAUGUUUAUGUUUUUACAUGUGAGAAAAUUGCCUACCGGCCUGCAGCACACAACGCAGCGUGUCUCUGUUUGACUCUCUGAUGUACAUCCUAUCCGGAAACAAGACGAGCAAGGAAAACUUCUGUCAGUCUGAGCAAGCCACGGCAGUUUCUUUUCUUUUUUUUAAAUGCUGUGUAAUGUGUAAAGCCACAGACACAGGCCACGGAACUGUCACAUUCAAAUGGAAAAAAAACAUUUAUUACACAACAGCAAGAUUUCAGAAGAUCUCCAUUAGCACAGUCAGGCUCUGUGGUGCGGUGCUGCGGUGUAGAAGCCAACAAAAAAAGAAUAUAUCCCGACAACAGCUUCGGACAUCGUCUCUAGGCGAUGCAAGAUAAAGCAUAAACCAACCUGCUUUAACCGUGAACAGGAUAUGCCGUCUGUUUGUAAAAAAUAAUAAUAUGGUCAUUUUGCGUCAGGUGUUCCGGUAGAAAGUAGAGAACUGUAAAAUACGACAUCUGAAAGAAGAUUUCAAGCAUGGUGGCAGUUACAGGACAGGAAGCACCACUUGCAGGAAACGUCUAUAGCAUGCAGCUAAUAUUCAGUUUGCCUUUUGAUAAUGCAUUUGUAUAUUUCGUAUUUUGUCUCACACGAUAAUAAAUAUUCUAGCUUACAGGAUAUAUAUUACAUUUUGA